AUGGCAAUAACUAUUGGUGGCUCACCACCUAUUGCUGCUAUUCCUCAGAAAAAGUAUGACUCUGUCCAGUGGUUGUCAAAGGGUUUUUCACAUAUGAAGAUUUUCUCGAGAAACCCGAGAUUUAAGUUGAGUUCCUCUCCAUUGCCUUUCCAUGGGGCGGGAAAUAUGCCGAAGGAAACAGAUGUUCAUGUAGUGACUCCAGACAUGUCUUCACCAAGGCUGAUGCCAGAAUUACUUGAUGCAUGGAAUGAUGAUUAUAAUGGUGUUGUGAUUAAUCCAGAGAGCUUGCCAAUGAGCGCAAAUGCUUUUGCAUCUGCUCUUAGGGCUUCUCUUUCCCACUGGAAGUUGAAGGGGAAGAAAGGGGUAUGGCUGAAAAUACUGCAAGAGCAAGCCGAGCUCGUACCUAUCGCGAUUCAGGAGGGUUUCAAUUACCACCAUGCUGAAUCAGGGUACGUUAUGUUAACACACUGGCUUCCAGAUGAUCUCUGCAUGCUUCCCGGUAGCCCUUCACAUCAAAUAGGAGUUGGUGCUUUUGUGAUCAAUGACAAAAGAGAGGUGCUUGUCGUGAAAGAGAAGUGUCCUUGUAGUUGCUCAGGUGUGUGGAAGUUUCCCACCGGUUACAUCAACAAGUCUGAAGACAUAUUCUCUGGAGCUAUAAGAGAAGUGAAAGAGGAAACUGGUGUUGACACUGUUUUUCUGGAAAUAGUUGCUUUCAGACAUGCCCACUUUAUGGCGUUUGAGAAUUCGGACCUGCUCUUUGUUUGCAUGCUGAAACCAAUGUCCUGUGAUAUCAUAGUUGAUGAGAAGGAAAUCCAAGCUGCAAAGUGGAUGCCUCUUGAGGAAUUUAUAGGACAACCCUUUUAUCAAGACGAUCCGAUGUCAAAGAAGGUGACUGAUAUUUGCAUUGCGGCUCAUGAAGAUCGCUAUUGUGGAUACGUUGGACAACAACUUGCCUCAAAACUGGACUGCAAAUUAUCCUACUUGUAUAAUGCUGCCUUCUGGGACGAAUAA